ACCGGGGAGAGCGCCGGUGGCAUCUCUUUCCACCCAAGAAGCCCGUUUGGAGGGAUGGGCGGCAGUGUGCGGGCGGUGAGUGCUAGUCCUCUCAUCAAUUUAGAACGAAACGCCCCUCCCUCCCUUCUUCCCUCUACUAGCUUCUAGCUGAGGGGCUCGCUAAACGCUCGCCGAGCUCCAUGCUGUGCAACACCACCUCCUCACUAAUCGUCAGGGGCGCGGAGAGCGCAGUGCACUACGGUGAGGCUGCGCAGCGGGGGCUCACCCCCUGCACCGCGCUCAGCGCGGCGCAGGGGAGGGCGGUCGGUGGCGGCGGCGGCGAGGCGCGAGGCGGUGGCGGCGGUGGUGCGGGCGGCGGGAUGACAGGGGAGGCGGCGGGAUUGACAGGGGAGGCGGCGGUCACGAGCGGAGCGGCGCGAGAAGGGGGGGGGGGCGGCGGCGAGGCGCCGGUGAGCGAGGCGCCCGCGCCAUCAGAGGGACGCGCCGCUGCGAGAUGGAGGGCGGCGGUGACGGAGGCGAGGCGCGAGGCGGCGGCGGCGGCGGCGGCGGCGGCGGCGGGUCUCGGUGAGCGGCGGCGGGAGGAGGAGCAGCGGCGAUGCCACUGCGACCGGCGUGCCCGGGAACGGAGAUCGCGCGCGCGCCGCCACUCACGACGCGCGCGCGAUCUUCGCGGAGUCGGGUCCCCAGAGGGAAGCGGUCUUCUCGGCCGACGUCCAGCGGCGCGCAAGGAAGCAGGCGCAGCGGAGGCGGCCUAGCACCGGCUCGGCGCCGGGCGGUUGCGCUGCCCGCGAGCCGCGUCCUGAGCCUCGGCAGCGCGCUGCGCGGCGCGGCGCUCGCGCUGCUUCU